AGAAAGAUGUUCCGGAAGUGAAUAUCAAUGAAGGCUUCAAAUAAUAAGACGAUGUAAAUGUGUAACUAAACCAACAGGGAAAAGACGGACAGGGUUUAUUUUAUAGUUCGUUCAUUAAUGGACAAAGACUCAGUCGGACUUGUUGAUUUCAGAUUCUAAAAACACACUUUCACCUGGGUCGCAUUCGUAGCCUGUGUCUCGUCUUGUUAAAUGUUGGACCUGGUUGUCAGAUAUAUGUAGUAACUCGUGAUGGAGUUGUCUCAGAGGGAGAGGUUGUCAGAACUGGUGGAGGAGCUGACCACAUCUGGACAACCUGAGCUGAACGAGGACAAAAUGAAGGAGGUCAAGAAGCUGUGCAAGGUGUCCAAUGACUGCAUAGACCAUGUGUACCACUCAGUCAUGUCCCAGCUCAAUCAGGAGCACGCAGAGGUCCGACUAUCCGCCUUCCAGAUUGCCAGCGAGCUCUUCUCCAGAUCACAUCAUUUCAGAAUACUGCUGGUCGACAACUUUCAGGAGUUCUUGGAGUUGACGGUAGAGACAGAUCUGGACCAGCCCCUCCCUCCUCCUAAAGAGGUAGCGCGGAAGCUGAAGUCAUUGGCCAUCAAGACGGUCCAGUCUUGGCAGUCCUCUUACGGGGUGGCGUACAAGAAGCUGGCGCUAGGCUACCACUUCCUCAAACAGGUUAAGAAGGUGGACUUCCAGGACAUUGAGGCCAGGACAGUGACAGAGAGACGGAGGGAAGAGGAGAGACGGAGUCGGCUGCAGAGGAUCUACAGACAGAAGGUGGAGGCAGCUGCGAAAGACAUGGAGGAGUCGUACCAGGAAAUUGAAGCCACACUGACUGAGAUGGAAUCAUGUAUGCAGCUGCUAUUCCCCGAGUUUGAGCUUAUAGGUGUCAAAGAGCAGGCAGCCGACAGCAGCCGCAUGAAUGAACGAGCAGAUGAUGAUGAUGAUGAUGAUGAAGAACAACCAUGCUGCAGCAAAGACCUGAAGGAUGAAGGAAAGAGAGGGGAGAGAAGGGAGGGAACCAUGACCAGACAUGACGAGGACAAGAUGGAGGAGGAAGAUGACAAAGAGGACAACAGAGAGAAGACGAGGAAAGAAAAGAUGGAGGACGAAGGAGGAAGGGUUAGGAAUGUGCAAGAGGAGAAGGGAGUGAAGAGGAAAGGGAAGACGAAGGUAGAGGAAAUAGAAGCACAGAAAGGGGAAGGAGGCAGUGAAGAAGAGGAGGAAGAGGAAGAGGAGGAGCCCUCUGUUGAGGACCUUUUUAUCCGGAACUCGGGCCUCAUCUCUCACUCAUACAGUCUGGAUCUGAACCUCAGUCCAGGUCCUCAUAUUAAAGAGACGGAGGACAACGAGGCGGUCGUGUCGACAGUGAUCGACCUCCACAGACUGAUAACCACCAAACACCUCCCUGCUGUACAGAGUUGGGUUCAGAUCUUCACUAAAUCAGGUGCUGAAGAGCAGCUGUUAAGGAGAGCACUCCAUCUGAAGGGGUCUUUAGAAGCCGCCGUGCAGAAACACAAGGAGCUUCACAUCGACUACAAGACCAGGGUCCGCAAAGUGAUGACAGCUUCUUCAGGUGGUGAGGAUGAUGAGGAUGAUGAUGAUGAUUUUGAUGAAGUUCCAGAGAAAGAAGGAUACGAACCGCACAUUCCAGAGCAUCUACGAGCAGAGUAUGGUUUGGAUCCUUCUCCUUCCACCUCAACAGCACCAGCCCCGAAAACGCCUCCAGCUAAGAGACCUCCACCUCCACCCCCUCUAUCUUCCUCCUCCUCCUCCAGGCGACUAAAGCGACUCAUGGAAGAAGAGCAAGAUCCAACAUCUGCAGCGGCAACUCUGCGCCUUCUCAAACAAACACUCCCCCUUCCCACAGAGACCAGCUCCUCAGGCCCCCAUCCAUCUAAGGUGGCCUCUGCCCAGAAGGCCCCCAGUGCACCUGUGGUACCGUUUGGUUUGGAUCUGUACUACUGGGGCCAGGAUCAGCCCAGUGCUGGCAAGAUCAUCAAGUCGGCGUCUCAGCAUCAGUUCUGGGUGCCCACAGAGGUGGAGGAGGAGGUGGAGAACAAGGAGUUGGCAGCAGAGAGCAGGAGCAGAUACAUCUCGUUCCCUGGGAGCUUCAGUCCUGUCACCCACCACUGUGGCGCCCCCCUGGGUGACGGGAGGCUGUGUCAGAGACAGGACCGGCUCAAGUGUCCUUUCCAUGGACCCAUCAUUCCUCGGGACCAGGAUGGUCGACCUCGUUUGAAGGAGGACCAGCUGAGAGAGGAGCGGGAGGAGCAGAGGCGGAGCCAGGAGGAGCCUGAUUGGCGGGAUGUGGAGCUCAUGCGAGACAUCGAGGCUGCCACAGGACAGGACCUGGGCUCUAAUAGGGUGGGCAAAAAAGGGAAGGGGAAAGGCAAGAAGAAGAAGUUUCCCAACCUCAGUGAUCUGAAGCAGAACGCCAACACGUCGCGAUCCAGACUGGAGAAGAAAGUCUUCAACAAGAGCUCCAUGCGUCGAAUGGCUCAGGUGUUGGAUAAAGCUGACAGGAGGAAACACGACAAGUUCUCCAACCAGUUCAACUACGCCCUCAACUGACCUCCAUACAAAACACACCGACCAAAGGAGAUGCAUUUACUGCUGUAUGUGAACGCCACGUAAACCAGCGCACAUGAUGAGUGAUCUGAUGUGUGUUGGCCUUUAAAACAUGUAAUAAUAUUUAAUACAGUGUACAUAACACUGAACUGUGUACAAGUAUAUUUUAUAUGGCUUCUCACAAUAUUUUUAUAAACACUGAUGGAUUAGAAUUGAUAAAGGUUUAUGUUUUAGGCCAAUAUUCCUUGUUUAAUACUGCCAUCGUAUGCAUAAACUGAUGUUGAACUGUUCCUGCUGGAUAUAUAUAUAUAUAUAUAUAUGUGGAAUGUAUUUAUCAUACUUUUCUGAAAUGAGUGAACGAAGGAAACUGUAUUUGUUUGGUGUUUCUUGUAUUGAAGCUGUGUGUUUGUAACUGUC